AUGGCGGAAAUAUUCCCUUCCUCCCUAUCUGCUAACAACGCAGUUGCCUACUACACCGGCCGGGUGUAUACAAUCGACAAGGAGAAGCCAUGGGCCGAGGCCUUUAUCGUCUCCCCCAACGGCAUUUUCGAAGCAGUCGGCAGCGAUGUCGAGAUCAAGAAGAUUGCAACAGAGAGAACCCUCGUAAUGUUCAACCUGCGUCAGAAGUUCAUCAUGCCGGGCAUUCACGACGCCCACACGCACCUGCUGGUGGCCAGCAUGCAGAGCUUGAGUGAGGCCCAGAUCGGCCACGACGCAAACGAAUACACUCUCGCUUCCAAGAUUAACGAUGCACAGUGCGCUUGCUCCUAUAACAACGUCUUUGGGGACUGGGUCGUGGGCAGCUUCUACACUGCCGACUGUUUCCCAGACCAGAAGCCCGAUAGGAAGUACCUCGACGAGACUUAUCCUGACCAGGCUGUAUUUGUUCGGGAGGUGAGCGUCCACAAUGUGCUGCCCAACACUGCCGCAUUGAUUAAAUGCGGAAUUGAUCCGGAGAAUGCCCAAGACCCGCCUGGCAGCAGGUAUGUUCGCCGUCCGGACGGCACGCUUACUGGAGAGCUGGUGGAGAGCGCCCAACUGAUGGCCUCCCGUCAUCUCGGACGACCUCCGCUGGCUUUCGUCAAGGAAGCCCUCCGCUUCGGCAUUGAGAUGUGCCACCGCUUCGGCGUCACCUCGUGCCAGGAGGCAUCGGCAUCGACGGCAUACCUGCACGCCGUGAGAGAGCUCGAGGCUGAGAACCACAUGGGUAUUGAUCUGUAUACUCACAUCGUCUGUUAUCACGAUUUCCACCUCACCACGUCGGAGCCCAGUGCCAGUCUCGAGGCACUGCUGGAUAUCUCCGAGGGGUUCCGCAGUAAGCAUGUCAACACCAGAUUCGUCAAGAUGUGGCUUGACGGAGCACCUCUACCCCCGAACUUCACGCACUGCAGCCUGAAGGAGGAUGGCCAGCCGGACGACUUUCUGCUCAUCAACUGGGAGGACCUUUUGGAGAACUUUACGAGAUAUGAUAGCCGAGGCUUCACAAUCAAAGUACACGCCGCCGGCGAUGGAUCCGCUCGACGGGUUCUGGACGUUGUCGAGGAAGUGCGCAAGUUGAAUCCUAAUGGCCCGAGGCGUGAGAUGGUUCACUGCAACGCCAUUCACCCUGACGACAUUCCGCGCAUGACGAGACUCCGUGUCACAGGCGAGAUGUCACCUGCCAUAUUCCAUCACGGACUGGAAGCUGCCUACCCCGACAUCUUUAGGUGGCCGUUCAAUGAGCUCAUGGCCGAUGGGGGUUUGGUCACGAUCGGGUCCGACUGGGUUCUGACGCCUAACCCGAGCUUGUUCGAUGCUCUGGAGUACAUAGUCGACAAGCUCGAGUACGCUCCCGGUGGCGAGAGACGACUCGCGGACGGCUGCAAGACCAAGCGAGAGAUUGGUGGUGAGAUUAUCUGCGAGAUCAUCACCUUGAAUGGCGCGAGGGCAGUAGGCGCCGACAUGAGAACGGGGAGCAUCGAGGUUGGCAAGCGGGCAAACUUCAUCGCGGUUGACAGGGACCUGAGCAAGGGAGAGUUUGCUGGUGCCAAGGUUCUCAAGACUUGGUUUGAGGGCAAGAUGGUGUAUAGAUCGAAUGUCACUAAAUCUCGAACUUUUUGA